GUGAGAAAGUAUCCAUCACCUCUACGGCUCUCAUUCUCUCGUUUUCCAUCGUCUUUCGCACUUCUCUGAAGAGAAACAACAACAACAAAAAGCAGCAAUAACAGGAACACCCACCAUGUUUCGUCGCAACUUCUGCCGCCUGUCCGGCCUCAACAAGGUCUGCUCGCUGGAUGAGUCCGUGGCCGGUAUGACCGACGGCAUCCACGUCGCCGUUGGCGGCUUCGGCUGCCCUGGCGUGCCCGAUGCGGUGGUGCAGGCGAUGGUGAGGAAAGGCGUGAAGGAUGUGACCUUCUACACCGACUCUGCGGGUAUCGACGGCUUCGGUCUUGCUCGCCUGCUCGAGACGAAGCAGGUGCGCCGCAUGUGCUGCUCCUACGUCGGCAUGAACAAGGUCUUCACGAAGCGCUACCUCGAGGGGGAUGUGGAGCUCGAGUUUGUGCCGCAGGGCACGCUGGCGGAGCGGAUGCGCGCGGGUGGUGCCGGCAUCCCAGCUUUCUACACCGCCACCGCCUACGGCACGCAGCGCCAGACCGGUGGGCAGAUUGUGCGCUACGACAAGGAGGGCAACCCGUGCGUGAUCUCCGAGCCGAAGGAGACCCGCAAGUUCGGCGAGCGCUGGUACGUGCUGGAGCCGACGGUGCGCCCCGAGUACGCGUUGGUGAAGGCGCUCAAGGCGGACAAGAGCGGCAACCUCGUCUUCCGUGGCACGGCCCGCAACUUUAAUAUCCCGGCCGCCCAGUGCGGUAAGACCGUCAUUGCCGAGGUGGAGACCAUCGUCGAGAACGGCGAGAUCCACCCUGACGAAGUGCACCUGCCGGGCGUGUACGUGAACCACGUGGUGCAGGCCUCCUACAAGGUGCCGAUUGAGAAGCGCACCGUGUCCGGCAGCGGCGCGAAGAAGAGCAACGUGGACCCGAACGAUGACCGCCAGCGGAUUGCCCGCCGCGCCGCUCUCGAGUUCGCCGACGGCAUGUACGUCAACCUCGGCAUUGGCAUUCCCACUGAGGCCGCCAACUACAUCCCGGCCGGCGUCUCGGUGACGCUGCAGUCCGAGAACGGCCUGCUGGGUAUGGGACCCUUCCCAACGGAGGAGAACGUCAACGCCGACUGGAUUAACGCCGGCAAGCAGACCAUCUCCUUCCUGCCGGGUGCGGCAUGCUUCGACAGUGCCACCUCCUUCGCCAUGAUUCGCGGUGCCCACAUGGACCUCACGAUGCUCGGUGCGCUCGAGGUGGCCGCCAACGGUGACCUGGCCAACUGGGGUAUCCCCGGCAAGCUGAUCAAGGGUCCUGGCGGCGCCAUGGACCUCGUCGCGAGCGGCACUCGUGUGGUGGUGACCAUGUCGCACUGCAACAAGAAUGGUGAGCCGAAGAUCGUGGAUAAAUGCUCGCUGCCGGUGACGGGCCUGAACUGCACCUCGCGCAUCGUGACGGAGAAGGCUGUCUUUGAUGUGAUCGACAAGCAGCUGGUGCUGAAGGAGGUGGCGGAGGGUCUGACCGUGGAUGACAUCAAGAAGUGCACGGGUGCCCACUUCCACGCCGACAACGUGAAGCCCAUGACGUACGCCCCUAUUCGCGCCUAA